GGGAGGAGGUGCGGGAGGACGCGGCGGGGAGCUGGGGUUCCUGUCAUGUGACCCCCCCCCCGGGGCCCCGCCUGGCCCGGUGGGAGUCGGCCGGAGGAGGGGGCUCCUCCUGGACUUUGUCCCUUGGAGGCAGGGAGAAGCAGCACGUGGAGAAGACAGCGGGAAGAGACGGAGACGAAAGGGGGCACGGCAGACCGAGACCUUGAGCCUCACCCAGCAGAUCCCCCCACAUCCUUCCGGGACGGUGAGGUCGCCCCCCAGCCUCGCACAGAGAUGCUGCGGCAGCCGUCGGGGCAGGCGCCGGGGGAGCCGGCACCUGCCGGGGAGGAGCUGUGGGCGGAGGAGAUGGAGCGGCUGUGUGCGUCCCGCUCGCCUGUGCGCGAGCUGCCCUACUCCAUGGAGGACCGGCGCCUCAUCCGGCGGCUGCGGGAGCCCGAGGGGGUGAAGACCUCGUGCUGGCAGCGGUGGCGGCGCAGGAGGCUGGUGGCGGGACGGCGCCUGCGGGAGGCGGCGCAGCGGCUGGCCCGGGGCUUCGGGCUCUGGGAGGGGGCGCUCUACGAGAUCGGGGGACUCUUUGGCACAGGAAUCCAAUCCUACUUCACCUUCCUUCGAUUCCUAUUGCUGCUCAACCUGCUGACCUUGCUUCUGAUUGGCAGCUUCGUACUGCUGCCCCUGCUCUGGCUCCGCCCACCGGAUCCAGGCCCCACCUUUAACUUCACUCUCCAGUGUCCUAGCAGCCAUCAGUCCCAGCCUGGCUCUCCAACAUUCCACAAUCAACUUUGGAAUGUUCUCACUGGCAAGGCUUUCAACAACACCUAUCUCUUCUACGGAGCGUACCGGGCUGGCCCCGAGAGCAUCUCAGCCUAUAGCACCCGCCUGGCCUACCUCCUCAGCCCACUGGCCUGCCUGCUGCUCUGCUUCUGUGGGAUUCUACAACGGAUGGUGAAAGGGCUUCCUCAAAAGCUCUUCCUGGGCCAGGACUACAGGUCGCCACUCAGUGCCAAGAUCUUCUCCUCCUGGGAUUUCUGUAUCCGCGGGCGGGAAGCCACCACCAUCAAGAAGCAUGAGAUCAGCAACGAGUUCAAGGUGGCCCUGGAGGAGGCACGGCGCUCCUUGCUAGUGCAGCAGCUGUCCAGGGCCCAGAAGGCACGCCACCUGUUCAGCUACCUAUGGGUCAACAUCUUCAUCGGGCUCCUGGUGGCCGCCGCCAUCACUGCCAUCUUCUGGGCCACCAAGUACUCACAGGACUACAAGGAGGAGUCUCUGUUUGUGCUGCUCCAGUACCUGCCCCCAGGGGUCAUCGCCCUGGUUAACUUCCUGGGUCCCCUGCUGUUUGUGUUCCUGGUCCAGUUAGGGAACUACCCCCCAAACACCGAGGUCAACCUCGCCCUUCUCUGGUGUGUGGUGCUGAAGCUGGCCAGCCUGGGGAUAUUCUCCUUCUCCCUGGGUCAGACCAUGCUGUGCAUCGGCAGAAACAAGACCAGCUGUGAGUUCUAUGGCUAUGACGUCUGUGACUAUCAGUGCUGGGAGAACUCUGUGGGGGAAGAGCUUUACAAACUGAGCACCUUCAACUUCCUCCUCACCGUGGCCUUCACCUUCCUGGUCACCCUGCCUAGGAGGCUGCUGGUGGAGCGGUUCUCAGGCCGGUUCUGGGUCUGGCUGGACCGAGAGGAGUUCCUGGUGCCCACGAACGUGCUGGACAUUGUGGCAGGACAGACGGUCACAUGGAUGGGCCUCUUCUACUGCCCCCUGCUGCCUCUGUUCAAUAGCGUCUUCAUCUUCCUCACCUUCUACCUGAAGAAGUACACCCUCCUGCGCAACUCCAGAGCGUCUGCAAGGCGGUUCCGUGCGUCCAGCUCCACCUUCUUCUUCCAGCUGGUGCUCCUCCUUGGCCUGCUCCUGGCCGCUGUUCCCCUGGGCUACGUGGUCAGCCGCAUCCAUUCUUCCUGGAACUGUGGCCUCUUCACCAACUACUCAGCACCCUGGGAGGUGGUCCCGGAGCUGGUGGCCCUGCGACUCCCGCCUACUGGCCAGCGUGUCCUGCAUUACCUCGGUUCCCAUGCUUUCAGCUUCCCCCUCCUCAUCCUGCUCAGCCUUGUCCUGACGGUGUGUGUCUCGCAGUCCCAGGCCAACACCAGGGCCAUCCAGGGGCUCCGGAAGCAGCUGCUGUGGCAGGUCCAGGAGAAGUGGCAUCUAGUGGAAGACCUGUCACGGUUGCUGCCUGAACCGUUUGCUGGUGGUUCUGUUGGGUCAGAGUCCCCUCGCUCCAGAGCUUCUCGACCGAGAUCCUUCUGCCCCGGAUUCCCAUGUCCAGGCUCCCCAGGCCCCAGGCCCCCCAGGCCUCCACACUCCCUUACAGAGCCCCCUGAACUGUACUCUCCCAGCCUCGGUCAACGUGAAACCCCAGGCCCAACCUGCAGAUUCCGAUUUCCCAGUGAGUCUGAGCCGUAACACCCACACCCACUGCCUCCACCCAGAGUCUCUCCAGGGCCCCCUUACUCCUUCCUGUUCCCUGGGGACCACCAUUCCUCUCAAUGGUGACUUCAGCAGGGUCACCAAAUGAGGAUACACACACCCAGGGGCAACAGGGAGAAAAUACGGGAAUAUGGGACUGUGUAUUUAUAUUUUUUAUCUCAUUUCUUUAAUAUUUGUAUUUCUUUUUAGUGUCAUAGAAGAUGUGUGCUAUAUUGGUGUAGUACAUUAGAAUGUGUCUGCAAUUGUUACUACACACCCCUUGGGAGUUCUCAGAAACAUUCGCUGUGGGAUA